AUUACCACUAACAGAAAGUGUGUCCUAAAAUUUUGUUUAGUUCCAUUCUUGUCCAAAGAUACUUAACUUGUCCUAUUUGUAAAUCUCAAACCUUCAACUGAAUAGUCUUACUGGCAUUCUUCUUUCGCCAGGAACAUAGUGGGGUUAUGUGCUGUUUAUGGUUGGCUGUCCAGUUUUCGAUUAUAAGAAAUUAGCAAUGUGUGAACUUGUUAGAGGAAUUGCUGGGGAUCUUGUAGAAGAGGUGCAAUUAAUAGACAAUUUUACCAACAAGAAAGGAAUGACCAGCCACUGCUAUAGGAUUGCAUAUAGGUCGACGGAACGUUCUCUUACAGAUGAUGAAAUUAAUGAUCUACAGUGGAAAGUGAGAGAUCAGGUGCAAAGCAAAUUAAAUGUUGUGUUAAGAUGAGCUCUGAUGUCCUUAUAAUUAUGAAGAGUUGCUGUUUGCUCUCAAUUUUGUUCAUGCAUAGAUCCUUUUCCUCCUCUAAGCAUGUGAUUCAUGCUAUAGACAGAUAUAUGUAUUAUUCCAUUUUUGCAUAUGCCAUAAACAGUAUUUUGUAUCCUCAUUUUCCUUGACAUGAUGUUUUCCCACACUAGAGAUUAAUUGUGAUUUCUGUCUAUUUUUAGCCUAAAAAAAAUAAAUAAAAUAGUAAAAGCAGACUUGCAUCUAUUCCUC